CAUAUUCUAAUUCAAGUGACAGUGACAUUUUUCUUGAAAAUACUGUCACAACAAUGGCCUCCAACGAACUUCUCAGGUCGCCCUCUACGUCUAUUGCAUCCACUCUGACAGAGAUGCUAGAAUGCUCCGUAUGCUUGGACAAGUAUAAAGACCCCAGGAUUCUACCCUGCCAUCACGCCUUCUGUAAGACAUGUAUUGAUGGCCUUACAGUGCAGGAAAAUAGCUUAAAAUGUCCUUCUUGUAGAGAGAUGGCUUCUUUAGAUGGAAUAACGAAUAGGAGUUUCCCGCCAGCUUUUACCAUCAACAAUCUCCUGGACCUUCGAUUGGAUGGGCAAGAACAAGAAGACUUGGAUCUUUCUUGUCCCAUGCACAAAAAGCCGCUGGACUUUUUUUGUGAGAAAUGCCUGGACUUGAUCUGCACAGACUGCGUACAGAGAUCACAUCAAGGCCAUGUUUGUAAAUCUGUACCUGAGGCCGUUCCUAAACAAAAAUCUGUUUUGCAAAGUCAUUCAGAACAAGUGAAGGAGGAGGAGGGAUUCAUUCAAAGUAAAGUAGAAGCCUUAAAAGAGAGGGAAAGGAUUGUAUUGGAGCAACAGGCCACAGUCAAAGCUGAAAUCCAUACUAAAGCUAUUGAGCUGAUCAGAAUGAUACAGUCGUCAGAGGAAGAUUUGAUUGCAAAAGUAGACGAAAUUGUCCAAAGGAAACUUGAUCCUCUUGAAGAGAGGCGACAGUUUCUUGAAGGCACGCAGUCCGAAAUGAGAAACCUGCAAGAACAGGUCAGCAAGUGUCUCAAUUCAAGCAGCCAGCAAGGAGUACUCAACAUGGCAAAGAAGCUGAUAUCCAAAAUGGAGGAGGUCAAAAGCAGCGUGGAUAAAACCAAAAUGAAUCCCACUGAAGUUGCUGAUUUGACUUUCGUCGAAGAUCCAAAGUGCAUGGAAGCUGCAAGGCACCUUGGGGAUUUAUCAGCAACCUUUAAUGAUCAAUGCAACGUGCAAGUGAUCAGUGUUUCGUGCUUUGACAAAGAGAGCCCUCAAGUAUCUGUCACCGUCUCAAUCAAGUAUGCUACCAGACCUGCCUACGCUAUUGCUCCUUGCUCAUCAAUCGUAUGCUUCAUUCAACCUCCUAAUAUUGUCCGAGUUACUGAGAGUAUUAAAGGUGAGGUUUCGUUAGGUGACAUCCCAAAUCAUUAUGUCAUCAGGUUCCGUCCCAACAGAAAUGGGGUGCAUAAGUUGUGCCUAAAAAUCAAUGAGAUCUUAGCUAAGGAAAAACCCAUUGUUGUUCCUUUCAAUCCUGUUUUUAUCAAAAGGAUUGCUCCAACUGCAUACAUUAAGAAUGAUCGUAUGUCAAAGCCAAUAGGUCUCACUGUGUCAAAAGAUAAGAUCAUUGUAUUGACGGAUUACAAUGAAUUGAUAAUGCUGGAUAAGAAUGGCAAUAAUCCCAAGGUGUACAAGCAAACAACCAAUGGUCAUCAUCGUUUCUCAUUCACAAGAGAUGCAGCUGUCACUCCUGAUGGCUGCCUACUGAUGACAGAUAAAUACAGCAUACUAAAGGUAUCAAUGGAUGGGAAGCUAUUGAAAGCAAUUGGCUGCAGAGGUAAUGGUAGAGAACAGUUUGAUAAUCCGUUUGGCAUUACCAUUGAUGAAAAGACUGGUAAAGUAUAUGUUGCUGAUCUUAAUAAUCAUCGGAUUCAGGUCCUCAAUCGGGACUACUCGUAUUCUCAUCACUUUGGAUCACGAGGCCAAGCAAUGGGUCAGUUUAACCAACCCAAUGGUAUUGCCCUUGAUUCUCAAGGUAAUGUAUUUGUGACUGAUACAUUCAAUCACAGAAUACAAAAGUUUUCACCAGAUGGCAAGUGUAUAUUGUGUUUUGGCUCAGAGGGGUCUAAUCCAGGCCAAUUUCACCUUCCAGAGAGGAUCGUAAUCAGAAAUGGUUACGUUUAUAUUACGGAGCAUAAAAAUUCCCGUGUGUCUGUCUUUACAACCGAAGGAAAGUUCUUUAAAUGCUUUGGGAAGGAAAGCAGCGAAGGAAAAAUGAAUUGGCCACGAGGGAUCUCUUUUGAUGAAGAUGGCAGCCUGUACGUGUGUGACUUCUACUUGCACCAAAUCUACAAAUACUAAACCUAGUUUGAGAGUGUGUAUGUGGGAUCUCUAACGAUGUAGUAUGUAGUUCUUUGCAUUUAUUACUAUUAUUUUUUGAAUGAUAAAUUUAAUGACUGUA